AUGACGAAAGCCGAGCAGAAGAAGGCCGUGCAGUUCACCCGCAUGUGCAAAUUCUGGCGGACGAAUGAGUGCAAGAUGGGGACAGAGUGCACCUUCGCACACACGACGGAGGAGUUGCGUCCCAGCCCGAAGCCUUGCUUUGACUUCGUGAAGAAGGGCAUCUGUUCACGGGGACAGGCAUGCAGGUUCGUGCACGACCUGAAUGGCAUAAAGCCGAAGGCUAAGAUCAUGGAGGUGCCGUACGCAUCUUUGGACAACUUCCAGCCUUGCGCCGUGCCAUCUCAAGUCCUUGCCACCUACAUGCUGCCGUCCCAGAGCCCCAUGAACGUCGAAGGCUGGCUCGAGCCGCAAUAUGCCUAUACCCAAGCAGCAUGGCCCAUGCGGUCUGAGGACCGUUCCAGCUCCUACACACCACCCGGGCUGGAUCAAAUCCCUUUGCCCGCGAGCCUCGUUGACGAUCCGGAGCUCAUGGCAGAGAGGUCGAGCAAGGAAGAGUCCCGUCGCCCCAGCUUGUGUGAAACCUCACUGGGCUUGGGGCAGUUUUCGGUCUCUCUGACCAAGAAUAUGGACCCGGAGGACAUGUUUGCCCCAGGGAGUUUAACAUCGACGAUGUCGCUGAGCGGAGCCGCAUCAUACUUGAGUGACUUUGAGGGGCCAUACACUAGGUUGUUCGUGUAG